AAAAAAAGUCAAGUUUGUUCAUUUCAGCUGUUGAAAUAGGCACUUGAUUGAAGAAAAUGUCGAUUCUAAGAAGCACCUGUGUUUUGGGGAGAUUCGCGAUGGACAUGAGGUCUCAUUCUCUAUCAAAAUUAUGGUCUACUCAAAUUAGAGUUGUUAAUAUGAAGAUUAAGAAAGCUGAACCGCCAGAAGAAUAUACCUACGAAGAACGGAAUAUGAUAGCUGGGAGACCUAUUGCUCCAUAUUUAACAGUCUAUGCUCCACAACUUACUUCUAUGAUGUCUAUAUCACAUAGAUUUGCUGGAAUGAUAUUAUCUGGAUAUGCCUUUCUUUUAGCAACAACUUCAUUUUAUAUCAGUGACAUGGCAGAAUUCGCUUGCAAAAUUGGAAGCUAUGGAAUACCAUCGUUUAUUUUUUUCUUCUUUAAAUUGAUAUUUGGUUUCCCUGCAGUAUACCAUUUAUGUAAUGGAGUAAGGCAUUUGGUUUGGGAUUUGGGAAAAGCACUAACAUUAAAAGAAGUUUAUCUUGGAGGCUACAUAACUCUAGCAGUUGCUGGCCUUUUAACUCUCUUUAUAGCCAUCUAAAGGAAUGAUUAAGCAAGAGAAAGAAACUCCAGUAUAUUUUCCUUAAAUGAAAAGACAAAUUACUUCUAGAUAGUUUAUCUUUCAUGCAAUUAAUUAAUAAAGCAUAAUUUUAGAU